AUACCCAUGAAAACAUCUGCCGUUACAUUGCCAGAGAAAAUGACCUGGUGGUUGUGUCUGUUGGGUAUCGUUUAGCUCCUGAACACAAAUACCCUGCUGCGUAUGAAGACUGUCUUAAUGCCACCAUACACUUCAUGAAGAAUAUCGAGCACUACGGGGUGGAUCCUGCCCGUCUGAUUAUCUGCGGGGACAGUGCUGGGGGCAAUCUAGCAGCUGCUGUUAGCCAGACCCUUGCAGGUAGAUCAGACCUCCCCAGGCUGCGUGCUCAGGUCUUGAUCUACCCAGGCCUUCAGGCCCUGGACUUCAAUUUACCAUCCUACCAGCAGAAUCGGGGAGUCCCUCUCUUAUUCCGAGAACGUGCCGCUUUCUUUGCUUUGCAGUACCUAAAUGGGGAUGCAUUGCAUGUGCAGGAGGUCUUGGAGGGCUCUCAUAUCCCUCCAGAUAUGAGGCUGAAGUACAGGAAGUGGGUGAGUCCAGAUAACAUCCCCGAAAAAUUUAAGGUCAGAGGCUACAAACCACACAAGCCCCACGGAUUCAAGGCUGAAGUUUUUGAGACAAUGAAAAGAUUCUGUGAGCCCAACCUGUGCCCACUGUUAGCCGAAGAUGCUAUUGUUCACCAGCUGCCCGAGUCUUUCAUCUUGACUUGCGAGUACGAUGUGCUGAGGGACGACGGCUUGCUUUACAAGAAGAGACUGGAGGACAACGGUGUUCGAGUGACCUGGUACCACCUCGAGGAUGGAUUCCAUGGAAUCAUAAGCUUAUUUGAUCAUCGCAGAUUCUCGUUUUCAUCUGGGAAAAGGGGAUUGGACAGUGUUGUUAAAUUCAUAAAAGGCCUGUAA